AUGACAUCGUUAAACUCGUCCGCUACAGUGCAGUACAUGUCCGUGUUGGAACGCGCCCUCUCCGCUUCCGUGGUCUGCCUGCUCUGCCUCGUGUUCCUCUGGGUGAACCUGAUGAUGCUCUACACUCUCCGUUCCCGCGCCGUGUUCCGUGAGGCGUCCCGUCACGUGCUGCUGUUCCACCUGCUCUUCGCCGACACCCUGCAGAUGGUCCUGACGCAGGUUCUGUUCGUCCUGGCCAACGUGCGGGUGCUCCUGUUCUUCCCCCUGUGCGCCCUGCUGGUGCUGAUGACUCACGCCUCGCACGACUUCUCGCCGCUCAUGCUGGUGCUGAUGUCGCUGGAGCGUUUCGUGGCCGUGUGUCUGCCGCUGCGACACGCCGCCAUAGCCACGCCCCGGAACAGCGUCGGUGCCUGUCUCGCCACCUGGGCCUUCACCUUCAUCAUGAUCCUGGUGCGGCUGGGCUACAUGCUGCCGCCGUCCGCCGUGUCUGCUCUGAACUCACAGAUGACGCGGACGUGUAGCAGUCUGGUUCUCUACCCAACCGCUCAGUCCAGACUGUUUGAUGAGGCGCUGCUCUACUCCCUCUUCCUCGCGGCGUUCCUCUCCAUCGCUGGGUCCUACGCCGCUGUGAUAAGGGCGGCGUGCUCCCUCUCCACUGACCAGGCGUCUGCGCGCAAAGCUCGCACCACUCUCCUGCUGCACCUGUUCCAGCUCAGCCUGAUGGUCGCGUCCACUUUCCACGACUCCCUGAUGAUGGCGCUGUACCGCACUCUGCCGUGGCUCGUCUUUGUAAACAUGCAGACAGUGCUCUACAUUUUUCUCAUCAUUCUGCCCAAGUGUCUGAGCGUCCUCGUGUACGGACUCAGAGACCCGGCGAUCCGUGUGGACCAGUGGAUCAUUCAGUCCAGGUCGGUGUUGGAACGCGCCCUCGCCGGUUUCGUGGUCUGCCUGCUCUGCCUCGUGUUCCUCUGGGUGAACCUGAUGAUGCUCUACACUCUCCGUUCCCGCGCCGUGUUCCGUGAGGCGUCCCGUCACGUGCUGCUGUUCCACCUGCUCUUCGCCGACACCCUGCAGAUGAUCCUGAUGCAGGUUCUGUUCGUCCUGGCCUACGUGCAGCUGCUCCUGUCCCUCCCCCUGUGCGCCCUGCUGGUGCUGAUGACUCACGCCUCGCAUGACUUCUCGCCGCUCAUGCUGGUGCUGAUGUCGCUGGAGCGUUUCGUGGCCGUGUGUCUGCCGCUGCGACACGCCGCCAUAGCCACGCCCCGGAACAGCGUCGGUGCCUGUCUCGCCGCCUGGGCCUUCACCUUCAUCAUGAUCCUGGUGCGGCUGGGCUACAUGCUGCCGCCGUCCGUCCUGUCCGCCCUAAGACCACAGAUGUUGCAGACAUGUAGCAGUCUGGUGCUCUACCCGACCGCUCAGUCCAGACUCUUUGACGAGGCGCUGCUCUACUCCCUCUUCCUCGCGGCGUUCCUCUCCAUCGCUGGAUCCUACGGUGCUGUGAUGAGGGCGGCGCGCUCCCUCUCCACUGACCAGGCGUCUGCGCGCAAAGCUCGCACCACUCUCCUGCUGCACCUGUUCCAGCUCAGCCUGAUGGUCGCGUCCACAGUCCACGACUCCCUGAUGAUGGCGCUGUACCGCACUCUGCCGCGCCUCGUGUUCGCGCGGAUUCAGUCUGUGCUCUACAUUUUUCUCAUCAUUCUGCCCAAGUGUCUGAGCGUCCUCGUGUACGGACUCAGAGACCAGGCGAUCCGUGGCACGCUGAUACUGCACCUCUGCUGCCACAUAGGACUCAAAUAA